UCAACCACGUCACACUCUCAUUCACUGACUUUGAUAUUGAAAAUAAACAAAACUGUACAGCAGAUUUUGUGGAGAUUUUGGAUGGGAAUAACUACGAGGCUCCUCUGCAAGGCCGUUACUGUGGCACUACUAUACCACAUCCUAUCACUUCUUUUGGUAAUGCCUUGGUGGUCAACUUCAUCUCCAACAACAACAUUACUGCCAGGGGCUUCCAUGCCACCUAUGCUGCAUCAUCAUCAUCCUGCGGGGGUACUUUCCACAUGGACAGAGGAGCUUUCAACAGCCCUGGAUAUCCUGAGCUUUAUCCGCUCAACACCGAGUGUGUCUGGACGAUUCUCAGCUCCCCUGGCAACCGGCUCCAGCUCUCUUUCAUAGAGUUUCAGGUGGAAGAUAGUAGCAACUGCACCAAAGAUUACCUGGAGAUUCGUGAAGGGAAUGAUACAGGCAAGCUGGCAGGACGAUUCUGCGGGAAAUCCUUGCCUUCAAACUAUACGUCUAUUGUUGGACAUAUCCUGUGGGUCAAGUUUGUCUCAGACAGCUCAGACACUGAUGUUGGCUUCAGGGCCACAUUCUCUCACUUGUAUGGAAAUGACAUUGUGGGAACCAGAGGCCAAAUAGCUUCACCACAGUGGCCCAGAAGUUACCCUCACAAUUCCAAUUAUGAGUGGCGGAUAAGUGUUAAUGCUUCACAAGUCAUCCAUGGCCAUAUCCUGCAGAUGGAUAUCGAAAAUCAUCACAGAUGCCAUUAUGACAAGCUAAAGGUUUAUGAUGGGCCCACCAUUCAUUCUCGUCCUAUUGCAACAUACUGUGGAGCAGACCCUGCUUCUUUUGCAUCUUCUGGCAGUUCGAUGACAAUCCAGUUCCAGUCAGAUUCAUCUGUGACUGGAAAAGGCUUUCUUUUGGAGUGGUAUGCAGUGGAUGCUUCUGCUGUUACACGCACCAUUGCUAGAGGUGCAUGUGGAGGGACUGCAACCGCUGAAGAAACACCUUCAUUCCUCUUCUCACCGAACUGGCCCAUGUAUUACAGAAAUCUUGCUGACUGUGUGUGGCUUAUCAGAGCUCCUGGAUCCACUGUUGAGUUCAAUAUCCUGGCCUUAGACAUAGAAUCUCACAGCUCAUGCAACUAUGACAAACUUAUUAUCCAAGAUGGAGACACUAGUCUUUCUCCGGUUCUGGCUACUCUGUGUGGACGAGAACCUCCUGGGCCAAUAAGAUCAACUGGAGAGGCGAUGUUCAUCCACUUCAUGUCAGAUGCAAGCGUCACUGGAGCUGGGUUUAAUGCCUCUUAUCACAAAAGUUGCGGAGGCUAUUUGCGCACAGGCAGUGGUGUGAUAACAUCCCCCAACUACCCUCAAGACUACGCUCCUAAUCUGAAUUGUUCCUGGCAUGUAGUGGUAACCUCUGGAUUUAUCAUUGCUGUCCAUUUUGAACAGCCUUUCCAGGUUAAGAGUGAGGAUACUUCCUGCAGCCUUGGAGAUUAUGUAGAGCUGAAGAAUGGGUUGGAUAAUGCUGCCCCACCUUUGGUGUCCAGAAGAAGGAAUGGACGGUUUUGUGGAAGCAGCCCCAUCUCUACCAUGUACACCACAGACAAUCAGCUGUUUGUCCACUUCAUUUCUGACGAAGGUCAAGGAUUCAAACUGAAAUAUGAGGCUAAGAGUCUAGCUUGUGGAGGGAAUAUUUAUAUCAAUGAUCUCAACCCCAGUGGAUAUGCGUCUUCUCCUAACUAUCCGAGCAAUUAUCCCCCGCAUGCUGACUGUGUCUGGACCAUAAAGGCUCCUAAUGGACAUGCAGUAGAGCUGCAAUUUGAAGACCAGUUUUACAUUGAACCUUCACCAAACUGCAGUUUCAGUUACCUAGAGCUACGCAACGGCGCUGACUCCACUGCCCCCAUCAUUGCCAAGCUGUGUGGAAGUUUGAUGCCAGGCUCACAGAGAUCCUCAGGAGCUGAAAUGUACCUGAGGUUCAGGUCUGACAGCAGUGCCACACACGUGGGAUUCAAUGCUAAAUACUCCAUCGCUCCCUGUGGCGGGACAGUGAUAGGACAAGCUGGCAUCAUUGAAAGCAUGGGGUAUCCUGAGCUUCGUUACCAAGACAACCUGCUGUGUGAAUGGUUUCUGCAGGGUCCCAGGGGCCACUAUCUUACCAUCAGACUAGAAGGCCUAGAUAUUCAAAAUUCCUCCAGCUGCACAAGUGACUUUGUGGAGAUUCGAGAAUACAAUGCUUCUG